UCCCGCCGGCCCGGCCCGCGCGGCGCCCCCGGAGCCGGGGCUGCGGAACAGCGGGAAGGAGGCGGCGGCUGCCCCGAUUUGUUUGUAAAUGCAUCAUAAACAGACAGCCCAGAAUGAAGAAAGCAAGCAGGAGUGUUGGCUCAGUGCCCAAAGUGCCUGGAGUAAAUAAAGCUCAAACAAGUGAAAAAGCCAAACCAGAAAACGGCUCCUCAGUGUCUGCAGUCACAAAACUCUCCAAAACUGGGACAUCAGCAUCUCUUUUGAAGACUAAGAGUAACGAUGACCUCUUAGCAGGGAUGGCUGGUGGUGGUGGAGUGACCAUGACCAACGGUGUCAAGGCCAAGAAGAACUCUUGUGUAUCAUCAACAGCACCUUCAGCUCCAGGGACUGCCAUGAACACUCUAGAAAACAAACCCAAAACUAUUGCAGGUACAAGUUCCACAGCUAAACGUAGCACUUCCUCUGGAAACAAAGAGUCCAGCUCCUCCAGGGAGAGGAUCCGGGAGCGUUCCCGGCUGAGCCAGAGCAAGAAGCUGCCCCUGGCAGGGCAGGGCCCCGGCGACGCGGGGCUGGCCAAGCGCUCCCGCAGCCGCGCCAACCCCGACUGCGACGUCCGCAUGAGCAAGUCCAAGUCAGACAAUCAGAUCAGCGACAGAGCUGCGCUGGAAGCAAAGGUGAAUGAUCUCCUGACGUUAGCAAAAACUAAAGAUGUGGAGAUCUUGCAUCUGAGAAAUGAAUUGAGGGACAUGCGUGCUCAGCUUGGACUCAACGAAGAUCAUCUUGAGGGGGAUGAGAAAUCUGAAGAGAAAGAAGCCAUUGUUGUCCAUCAGCCAACUGAUGUAGAGUCUACGCUGCUGCAGUUACAGGAACAAAACACUGCCAUCAGAGAAGAGCUCAACCAGCUGAAGAAUGAGAAUAGAAUGUUAAAAGACAGACUGAAUGCUUUGGGCUUUUCUUUGGAACAAAGGCUGGACAACUCUGAAAAGCUCUUUGGCUAUCAGUCUUUGAGUCCAGAGAUUACAGCUGGCAACCACAGCGAUGGUGGGGGCACUCUGACAUCUUCAGUGGAAGGGUCUGCUCCUGGAUCGAUGGAAGACUUGUUAAGUCAGGAUGAAAACACUCUCAUGGACAACCAGCACAGUAAUUCCAUGGAUAAUUUAGACAGUGAGUGCAGUGAAGUUUAUCAGCCGCUGACAUCAAGCGAUGAUGCCUUAGAUGCUCCAUCAUCCUCAGAAUCUGAAGGAGUACCAAGCAUAGAAAGGUCUAGGAAGGGAAGCAGUGGCAAUGCAAGUGAGGUGUCCGUAGCCUGUCUGACAGAACGGAUACAUCAGAUGGAGGAGAACCAACACAGUACAGCUGAGGAGCUCCAGGCCACGCUUCAAGAGCUUGCAGAUCUACAACAAAUAACACAAGAGCUGAACAGCGAGAAUGAAAGACUUGGAGAGGAGAAGGUAAUCCUGAUGGAGUCCUUGUGCCAGCAGAGUGACAAGCUGGAGCACUUCAGCCGUCAGAUCGAGUAUUUCCGCUCCCUCCUGGACGAGCACCACAUCUCCUACGUGAUUGAUGAGGACAUGAAGAGCGGGCGCUACAUGGAGCUGGAGCAGCGCUACAUGGAGCUGGCGGAGAACGCGCGCUUCGAGCGGGAGCAGCUGCUGGGCGUCCAGCAGCACCUGAGCAACACGCUGAAGAUGGCAGAGCAAGACAACAAGGAGGCCCAAGAGAUGAUAGGGGCGUUAAAAGAGAGGAAUCACCACAUGGAACGGAUCAUUGAGUCGGAGCAGAAAAGCAAAACGGCUCUGGCAUCCACCUUGGAGGAGUACAAAGCCACAGUAGCCAGUGACCAGAUUGAGAUGAACAGGCUGAAAGCUCAGCUGGAGCACGAAAAGCAGAGAGUGGCCGAGCUGUAUUCCAUACACAACUCUGGAGAUAAAUCAGAUAUACAAGACCUGCUGGAGAGUGUCAGGCUGGAUAAGGAGAAAGCAGAGAGCUUGGCCAGUGGUCUGCAGGAGGAGCUGGCACACACCCGCAACGAUGCCAAUCGACUGCAAGAUGCCAUUGCUAAGGUUGAAGAUGAAUACAGAGUGUUCCAAGAAGAAGCCAAGAAACAAAUUGAGGAUCUCAAUGUGACUCUAGAAAAGCUUCGGACAGAGCUGGAUGAAAAGGAGACUGAGAGGAGUGACAUGAAAGAAACCAUCUUUGAGCUGGAGGAUGAAGUGGAGCAGCACCGUGCUGUGAAGCUGCAUGACAAUCUCAUCAUAUCUGAUUUGGAGAAUACAGUUAAAAAACUUCAGGAUCAAAAGCAUGACAUGGAAAGAGAGAUCAAGAAUCUUCACAGGAGACUCCGGGAGGAGUCGGCAGAAUGGCGCCAGUUCCAGGCAGACCUGCAGACUGCAGUGGUCAUUGCCAACGACAUCAAGUCCGAGGCGCAGGAGGAGAUCGGGGACCUGAAGCGCCGAUUGCACGAGGCGCAGGAGAAGAACGAGAAACUCACCAAGGAGCUGGAGGAGAUCAAGUCACGCAAGCAGGAGGAAGAGCGUGGCCGAGUGUACAAUUACAUGAACGCAGUGGAGAGAGACCUGGCAGCUCUGAGACAAGGCAUGGGCCUGAGCCGCCGCUCCUCCACCUCCUCGGAGCCCACGCCCACUGUGAAAACGCUCAUCAAGUCCUUCGACAGCGCCUCCUCCCAAGUUCCAAGCCCUGCUGCUGCCACAAUUCCUCGCACUCCCCUGAGCCCAAGCCCCAUGAAAACUCCCCCAGCUGCUGCUGUAUCCCCCAUGCAGAGGCAUUCCAUAAGUGGGCCAAUCUCAGCUUCAAAACCCCUUGCUACACUGACAGACAAAAGACCAAGCUAUGCAGAAAUUCCUGUUCAAGAGCAUUUGCUGAGAACAUCCUCCACCAGCCGGCCGGCGUCUCUGCCCAGGGUCCCUGCCAUGGAAAGUGCCAAAUCCAUUUCAGUGUCUCGAAGAAGCAGUGAGGAAAUCAAGAGGGACAUCAGUGCACCUGAUGGAGCAUCCCCAGCAUCUCUCAUGGCAAUGGGCACCACCUCCCCACAGCUGUCCCUCUCAUCUUCUCCUACAGCAUCUGUCACCCCUACAACCAGAAGCAGAAUAAGGGAAGAGAGGAAAGAUCCCUUGUCUGCCCUGGCAAGAGAAUAUGGAGGCUCCAAGAGGAAUGCCCUGCUGAAGUGGUGCCAGAAGAAAACAGAGGGCUACCAGAAUAUUGACAUCACAAACUUCAGCAGCAGCUGGAAUGAUGGCCUGGCUUUCUGUGCAGUUCUCCACACUUACCUCCCAGCCCAUAUUCCCUAUCAAGAGCUGAACAGCCAGGACAAGAGAAGAAAUUUCACUUUGGCUUUUCAGGCAGCUGAAAGUGUUGGCAUCAAAUCUACUCUGGACAUCAAUGAAAUGGUGCGAACGGAGCGUCCGGACUGGCAGAAUGUCAUGCUGUAUGUUACAGCAAUUUACAAAUACUUUGAAACCUGAACCCCAAUCGUUCAGCACAUCCAUGGGAUACAACCAACGUGAGCUACCAGAUGGAAAUCUUACUGAAAUGCUAAUCCCCAUUUCACUCAAAACUGGCAACAUUUGAGUCCCCUCCAACUUCAGUGACACUAUCAUGGAUUGCUUCAGCUACUAAGCAUGGGAACAACUGUUUAAAAGUGAGAACUUGUUGCCACAGUGCUUGGAAUAACCCAAGUUAUUAAGCUAUUCAGAUUAAUUAUGUAGCCUAAAGAGCCUGAAUUACUUCUGUGCUGCCUUUCCAGUCAGACUUCCUGAAACUUUCUUUGCUGGGAGAGAGAUGAAUGCUUCCUCUGGCAUAUAGGAGACUGAAUGUACAGAUAAAGCUUUGAGAAGGAAAAGGAUAACAUGGCAUCAUAUCACUGAACUUUCUGUAGCAUCCUGAUUUCACAGACUCUGAAUACUCUACCCACAGCAUACGGCAGCCCCAUGCAGUAGAGUUCUUAAUGGUAACUUAGUUACUGCCUAUACAGCUAUUUUCCAUCCUUUAAAAUGUGCACAAUAUUCUAGGAAAACAAGCUUUGAUUCCAUAAUGACAAAUUGAGGGGAAAAGCGCUCUUGAUACCUCGAAAAAUCUGGCACAGAAGAAGUCUUCAUCCUAAAGCUUCAUUAUAAGCCUACCUCUGUCACAGUGAUGUGGCUUUCAUCUUUAUCUUAUGGAUUGUAGAGACUAGCACAUGCAGCUCCUGGCUUUCAGGGUACACUACACUUCAAGGAAUCUGUGCAAAGUCCCUGUGCUUCCACUCUAACAGCAAUGAAUCAAUGAUCACCCCCUGUCUGGCUUGUUCCUUGCUCUCUCCCUGCUCUGCCUGUGCUGCUUUCCCCUGCAGCAAUACGAGCACAGAUCAUGGAUGGCUGUGCUGGAACUGUGCAACUGGGACAGCAUUUCCUCUGCAGAGAAGAUACUCUCCAUAAGAUGUAAUAAUGAAGUAGUUUGUCUCAAAAUCCAACUUUGCCAUGUUUUCUGUGUGUUUUUCCUUGGUCUUGCACAUGCUCAUCUGAGUGACAGGAGGUGAGAUGUUCUCUGGGAAGGACUGUGGAGGAACUGAUGUAAUGUGUGUCCACCCAGCCGUCUCAAAUACUUCGUGGAAAUGACUCACUGUCACAAGGAAGGAAUUGAGAAACUGUAGUCUGCUCAACUUCUUUUUCUUUCUGAAAAUGUACCUGAAUUCAUUUAGCAGCUCUUGGGCAAAAGAGUUUAAGUGCCUUAGCUAUCAUUGAGUUGAUAGAUGCUGGCACUUCAGGGCCUGCUGUGGAAUGUUAAUGGCUCCCGAUGGUUUUGUGGCUCCCUUUGUCACGAGCUGUUUGUUGUAAUCUUGUUUGUCAAAUCCAGGGGAGACUUCCUUCUGUCAUUGCUUCUGCCUCUUGCUUUUCUGAACACUUAGCAGCAGUUCAGCCAUGGAACAUCUCAUUAAUAUUAAGCAGAAGCCAACUUGAGCAGUGAGUUCUGUAACAGCUGCUAUUUAUAAGCACAGGCUCUUUCAGCAGUAACCCCAUUGUAAAGAAAAUAAAUCUGUUCUAUGGUGCUCUUAUGACUGUUAAGGACAGUUUGAAUGUCAUAGAUGUUAACCCAGUGAAUGCAGCUGUGCUUGGCAUCUGUGAAACUUCUUCAUGGUAAAAAAGCACAGAUUUAACUCAAAAGUAUUGCCAAAUCCAAAACCCCAUCAUCUGAAGAACAUAGCCCAUGUGAAGAGUAAUAAUUCAGCAUGUCUCUAGCAUUGUAUAAGAAUACACAUUUACACUGAUAUGUGCCUGUGAGAAUUAUGGAACUUUGCAAAAUAGCUAUUUAACCUGUGCUGAGGGCCUUUGGAGAAGUUUGCAGAGCAGUGGUGUCUCAAACAUUCUUGCAGCUCUUUAGAACUAGAAGUAGAGACCCUCAGAUUAUUAACUGGUGCAUUUGAAGAGCCAGCAUAAUCUAAAGACAAUUGUUGCAAGCGAGGUUUCAAGUGAAAGAUCUUCAUUAAUAGAUUUUAAUAAAAGUCUGAAAUGCA